CAUGGCCUCCUCGUUGCCAGCCGGCCUGGUGAACGUGGUGACCGGCGACCGGGACCACCUGACCCGCUGCCUGGCCCUGCACCAGGACGUGCAGGCCCUGUGGUACUUCGGCUCGGCCCAGACCUGGCCACAGGCAUGAGGGGCCUCCGGCGGAGAUGAGAGUGUUGGCACCAGCCUGGAGCCCAACUACCUCCCUGCUGCUGCUGCUGCUGCUGCUGCUGCUGAGCCCCGGGCUCUGCGGGACCCCAGCCUGCACCUUCCCCCACAGCCCCAUCACCUCCACCUUCCCGGACAGAAUCCGCAAGCUGUCUGACUACCUGCUUCAAGACUACCCCGUCACGGUCGCCUCCAACCUGCAGGACGACAAGGUCUGCGGGGCCUUCUGGCGCCUCGUGCUGGCCCAGCGCUGGCUUGUACAGCUCAAGACUGUGGCGGGGACCCAGAUGGAAAAGCUGCUGGAGGCUGUCAACACGGAGAUAGACUUUGUCACCUCGUGUGCCCUCCAGCCCCUCCCUAGCUGUCUUCGCUUCGUCCAGACCAACAUCUCCCACCUCCUGCAGGACACCUCCGCGCAGCUGCGGGCCCUGAAGCCCUGGAUCACCCGCCGGAAUUUCUCGGGGUGCCUGGAGCUGCAGUGCCAGCCGGACUCCUCCACUCUGCUGCCCUCAGCGAGUCCCCUGGGCUUGGCGGCCACAGCCCUGCCGGCCCCUCAGGCCUCUUUGCUGUUCCUGCUGCUGCUGCCUGCGGCCGUGGCACUGCUCACCGCUGCCUGGUGCCUGGGCUGGCGGAGGAGGCGGCGGCGGAGGCCCUGCCCCGGGGAGCAGCGGACCCCGAGGCCCGGAGCGAGGAGCCAGCCGGCCGAGGACGCAGAGCCGCUCGGAGGAAGCCAGCCGGAGCCCGGGGCCUGCCCGGGCGGCGCUGCCCCCGCCCCGGUGCCCCCGGCACGGAGGUCCCGCCAGCCCCGCCCGCCCCCGGCGCCGGCGCCCGCCCCGCCCGCCCCGCUCUGUACGCGGCCCUCGUCCCCGGCAACUUGUACAUAAACCUUCCUUUUCUACCCGCGCUGCUCAGCCUGUCUGUUGGGGUCCAUGUGGGUGGCGUCUUGGGCUUCCAGAGAACGCGGGCGUUCACCCGGGGCCCAUGCAAGGCUAGGCCGGCGGACCCCCACCCUCACCCGGUCCCCAGUCAGAGCCGCCCAGCCCUCGGGGGUUCCUGGCCAGGGUGGGGGGAGACGCGGGACACAGGCGGCCUCAGACCCCGUCGGAGGCACUUGACGCCCGGCGGGCCACCACAUGCCCGGCAGCCUCUGUCGCUGGAGGGGGUACCCGCGCUUCCCCGCUGCGCCGGGCUGUUGGCGCGAGGGAAGUGAACAGUCCCUCAAAAACAUGGCGGCCGAGGCGGGACGGCCCGCCCGAGCGGAGCCCCGCUCCCGCCCCACGUGACCUCCCGCCCCGCACAAUCAUGGCCGCCGAGGUCCUGCUGGGAACCGCCCCCGGAUUGGACGCUCCGAAGAAGACCCGCCCUCUCGCGGGGCCUCAGCGCGCACGCGCGCGACCGUGGCCAAUGAGACGGCAGAAAGCUGCCCGCGUAGGCCGCGCGGCGUCAUUUCCUCCGCCCCUGUUGCAAGGGAUAAGAAACCCUGCGCCAAGGCUUCCUCCUUUCCCAGGCGGCUGCCGAAGAUGGCGGAGGGGCAGGUGAGGAAGUGGAAGCAUGGAGAGCUGCAGAUCUUUGCCCAGAGUCACAUUGUCAGGAAGUUGGGCUUUAGAUUCUGUACCUUUCUGCCUGCCAACAAUCGGCACUCCAUAGCGAGGGGACUUUUCCUCUUGGUGAAGAAGCUGUAAUCGGGGCAUAAAACCCCCUGCCCUUCGAGCAGCCGAGAUGUGAGAGGAGUUCUUGUCCUGCUCAUUGAAAUCCCGAGUCAACCAUUUGCUAUUUUGGCCUCGUCUGUAAAGUCCUGGUGCUCGAUGGCCGAGGCCAUCUCCUGGGCCGCCUGGCGGCCAUCGUGGCCAAGCAGGUGCUGCUGG